UUGUUCUGUAAAUUAAAUCGAAUUGAUCAAGAACAGAAAAAUUAGAAGAGCUUGGAGCUUUGGUUUAUUGAGAUUAAUAAUAAAACAGGGAAAUAUGGGUGUUGAGAUUAAAGGAGAAAUCGAGAAAGUGAAUGGUAAAGAACUGAGUUACAACGAGUUUGUCGAUAGAUAUUUAGCAAAGAACCAACCAGUUGUGCUAACGGGUCUCAUGGAUAACUGGAGAGCUUGCAAAGAUUGGGUCAUUGAUGAUGACGCUCCAAAUCUUCAUUUCUUCUCCACCCAUUUCGGUAAAUCCAAAGUUCAGGUUGCGAAUUGUGGGACUAGAGAAUUUAGUGAUCAGAAGAGAGUUGAAAUGACUGUUUCUGAGUUUAUUGAGCAUUGGAUUGAGUUUAAUAAUGCAUCAAGUGUCGAGGGUAAUGAGAAUUCUUUGCUGUAUUUGAAGGACUGGCAUUUUGUAAAGGAAUACCCAGAAUAUGUAGCAUACAGAACCCCACUAUUUUUUUCUGAUGAUUGGCUCAACCUAUAUCUUGACCAUCAUCGGAUGCAUAAGAAUCCUGAUGUAUAUCAAGAGAGCAAUGAAAUUUGUUGCUCUGACUAUCGUUUUGUUUAUAUGGGAGCAAAAGGAUCUUGGACUCCUCUUCAUGCAGAUGUUUUUAGGUCAUACAGUUGGUCAGCAAAUAUAUGUGGAAAAAAGAAAUGGGUUUUUCUGUCUCCUUCUCAAUGUCAUCUUGUAUAUGACAGGAACAUGAAGAAUACAGUUUAUAACAUUUUUGAUGAUGUUAGUGAAACACAAUUUCCGGGAUUUAAGAAAGCUAUCUGGUUGGAGUGUAUUCAGAAUCAAAAUGAAAUUAUCUUUGUGCCUAGCGGAUGGUAUCACCAAGUUCAUAAUCUGGAAGAUACAAUAUCAAUAAACCACAAUUGGUUCAAUGCAUAUAACCUUUCUUGGGUGUGGGAUCUGCUUUUGAGAGACUACAGGGAGGCGAAGGAGUACAUAGAGGACAUCAAGGAUAUAUGCGAUGAUUUUGAAGGCGUCUGUCAACGCAAUCUUGCAGCUAAUACAGGCAUGAACUUCACCGAUUUCUUGAUCUUCCUUGCACGCUUCUUCUUGGCGAACGUGGUCCAACUCUACGGUCAACACGGGAACAAUGAAAUUGCAAACUGCAAAUCAUCCAAAAUGACUCAGCAAUUAGCUGUUAAUUUAGCAUCUAUACAGGAAAUUGUACACAGAAUGAGGUCUAUCGAAGGUGUUCAGGGAAACGAUAGGUUCUUGGAUAUGAAGAAAAUUUUGAAUGAUCCAAAGUUUGUUAAACAGUGCAGUGACAUGGGAAGGAUAUAUAGUAUGAUACAUGAACAACAACAACAAGAGAGUAGGAAUAGAGACGCAGAGGAAGUUUUGGCAGCUGAUUUUAUGGAGUGCUGCAGCUCUUCAGUUUGUACACUUGAUGACUUUGUUAAAUUUGUAGACUUUAUUUUAGCAAAAUUUGGUAACUUUUGAAGAGUUGAUUUUAGCUGAUGAAGUCAUUGUAGAGUAUUUUGUCCAUCUUUUUUGAAUGAAAGAAAGAAAAAUUAGAGGUUGUGAUUU